AUGGCUGAAGCGAUGCGACAAACCGUGGCUGGAAUGUUAAAAGGCAUUGAAAGGUGCAUUAUUCGUUAUUCGAAAGUAUAGUUUAAUUCAUUCUUCUAUGCGUGGUUUAUUUUGAUGAUACAGAAUAAUACUUUUAAAAAUUUAAUAUAUUUUUUUCAAAGUUUGAUUAUUUAAUUUAAUUAUUUUAUUUUGCCAUCAAAUUUUAUUCAUAUUAUUGUGAAGAGUACAUUACAAUCAUACGUAUCAAAUAUGCAUGGCAAAUGAUAUGAUAUUGGUACAUAUCUUUUUUAAUUAAACACAAAAAUUUCAGAUAUAAUCCAGACCAUUUAGCAACUCUAGAAAAAUAUGUUGAAAUACAAUCAAGAGAAAAUGCAUAUGACUUGGAAGCUAAUUUAGCAGUCUUGAAACUAUACCAAUUAAAUCCACAUAGAUUUAACAUGGAUAUUACUUGUCAAAUAUUGUUGAAAGCUCUAACAAAUCUUCCUCAUACCGAUUUCGUACUUUGUAAAUGCCUUCUCAGCGAACGAAUUAUGCAAGAAAGUCCUAUUAAUCAAAUCAUGUAUUUGGGAGACAUUCUAGAACAAUGUAACUUCCAACAUUUCUGGGAUAGAGUUCUUUCUAUGUCCGAUCUUUGUGACAGAAUUGUAGGAUUUCAAGAUUCCAUAAGAAAAUUUGUUUGCCAUGUAGUAGGAAUUACAUUUCAAACAAUAGAUAAGAAUCUUUUAGCACAACUUCUUGGAGGUGUUGAUGAUACCACAUUAAAACAUUGGGUAAAAAAAUAUGGAUGGAAAGAAGAAAGUAAAUCAAUUAUUUUUAUUGCUAAUCAGGAUGAAAAUAUUAAAACAAAAAAUAUUACAGAAAAAAUAGACUUCGAAAAUGUCGCUGGCUUAAUGGCUGCUUGUCUUUAA